UAAUCAAGGGGCAUUCCAGUAAUCCUCCUCCUCACUUCUUUACCAGAGGAAGGGCAGUACUGCUGACCAAACACGUGGUCAUUCUCACUUUUAUCAACUCACUGGUUGAAGUGUAUCACAGAUCUCCAACGGGAGAAGGACAUCUCGUUUCUAAAGCACAGGACUUUAACGUUGUUUUAAAAUGCAGAAGGGGUCGCUUUCUCUCGCCGCAUCUUUUUGGGUCUUCUAUAUUUGGGCAUGGUGUUUCUCACUAGGUACUCAGACUGACUGCCCUAUUCAGCUCAGCCCAGAGAGAGUUGUUGUGAGACACGGCAGUUCAGUUACAGCUGACUGUAGCACUUCAGUCCAGCAUGAAGGGAUUGGAUGGGAAGCCAGUCAGGGAUCAGUGUCCAUGAUCAGAGACAAGAGUCUGAUCACAUGGAGAGUGUCAGAACUGACAGAAUGGGACAUUGAUCCAUAUUGCUUCAUAAACUAUAAAAAAGGAGAUAAGCUGCAUCAGUGUUUAGUAAAGCUCCCAGUCACUGUUUACAAGACUCCAGACAGUGUGUCCAUCAGCACUGUGGAUCACAGCGGACCAAUGAUGGAGGGAGAGGAGUAUGAGCUCCAGUGUGACGUUCUCGGUGUGGCUCCUGUUCAGUAUCUCACUGUCAAAUGGUACAAAGGACAGACUCUGCUGCAUCAAACCACCUUUAAUCAAACCACCUUUAAUAAUGACACCAUCCGGACUCCAGUGAAUGAAACUGCUACACUCCUGAUCCGUCCAGACCGAGCUGAUGAUGGAGCUCAAUAUAAGUGUGUAGCAGAGCUGGAACUGGGAGCAGAAGGACCUCAGCCUCAUCCCACAAACUCAUCAGAUCCUCUCAGCGUUACUGUACAUUUUAAACCGAUCAUCAAUGAGACCAAACUGCCCUCCUUAGUACAUGUGAUUCGCGGUUAUUCAGAGGAGAUUGUUUGUGAAGCUAAGGGAAACCCAAAACCAACAAUCAGCUGGACCCUUGGCACAAAUUCAAUCAUUUACAGUAAAAAUCUUACUGUAACCGAGUCAACACCUCACCCUGUGUCCUGCACUGCAAACAAUUCUGUUGGCACAACCACCAGACAUGUAACUGUCUCCAUACAAGAUAUUUCCAUCAGCUUUGUGAAUCACACCGGACCAAUGAUAGCAGGCAAGCCGUAUGAACUCCAGUGUGACGUUCUCAAUAUGGAUCCAUCUAAGAGUGUUGUUGUGAGAUGGUACAAACUGAAUAAAAUCAUCUCCACUGAAAACAACAUGUCUUCAGUCAACGGCACAUAUAAACUCAAGAUCCAUCCGAGCAAAACUGACGAUGGAGCUCAAUACUGGUGUGAAGUAGAACUGAAAUCAGAGGGACUUCACCGUUAUCAAACAAUGGCAUCAAAUCGUCUCAACAUUACUGUACAUUAUAAACCGAUCAUCAACGAGACCAAACUGCCCUCCAGAGUGCCUGUAUUCCGAGGUUAUCCAGAGGUUCUGGUUUGCGAAGCCGAAGGAAACCCGAAGCCAACAAUCACCUGGAUCCUCGGCACAGAUCGCACGGUUAACAGCGACACUCUUAAUAUAACAGAGUCAACACCUGAGAAUGUGUCCUGCACAGCAAACAGUUCUGCUGGCACGACCACCAGACAUGUGAAAGUUGUAUUAAAAGAGGACUACCUGCCCUUAAUAGCAGGACUUAUUGCAGUCAUUGUGGCAUUCAUCUCAGUCAUCUUCGUCUUCAUCUACUCUAUCUACUACAAAGCAGCCAAGAUGGGCCAUUAUAGCUUGAAGGAUGCCAAGCCUGCUGCGCAAAAUGGAAACGUAGCACAGAAUGGCAAACACAACCCAAUUCCUAUGAAGAAACUCUCUCAGAGCAAUAUCCUUGCUUAGGGAAUGAAGUCCCUGGGUUUGGCGCAUCUCCAGAGUCCAAGUGUCCAAAAAGGGAUUUUUAAUCACUGGAAGUCUCUAGCCCUCUCUACUUCGUGGCUGGUUUCUUCGUGGCUCCAUUAUUUUUUUAUUUCAAGGAGCACCUGUUCAUUCGCUCCACUCCUAGAUCCAGAUUUUAUCAACUGAUAAUUCCAUCGCAAACUAAACUUUUUAGUUUUCAGCAAUCUUAGUGGACCAGAAAAAAAGAUAUGUGUCAGAGCAGAUGACGAAGAAGUGCUGAAGGAUCUCAAACCGACGGACCUUCAGUGGACGUUUUCAGGAAUCCACGAUCUUGUGAAUGUUCAAAGCGGCAUCGCUUGAGUACUGUUUGCUUUGUACGUCAUUUAAGGGAAGGUACUUGUUAAAUUGUAACAAGACUGUUCUUUUGUCUCUGACACAUUGGUCAGUUUCAAUACCUGUGUUUUGUUAAAAGAUAUAUAUAUAAAAAUUAUGUUUUAUUAACAAAGUGUGGCAGGAGUGCAUUCAGAUAACCAACCAAUUAAGCACAAUAGUAAAUAUAAAUACAGCCAACUUCUGUUUCACGACAGAUUUCAGGUGUCCGACCUCCACCCCAACUCUUCUGGGGAUCCUAUCCUGUCCCAGAUUGGGACAUGGGGGACUUCUCUGGGAGCUCGGUGUCCUGCCUUCAGACAGUAUGCUAAAUAGGCACACUAUUUGCUUAGUCUGAUUAUAUGUAAGUGCCACUUGUGAAAGACACAUAAUUAAGUGUGUUACUUGGUUAAACAAAGUAUUUGUUCAACGUUUCUAUUUUGGUCAAAUCCACACUUAAGAAGGUGGAAAUAUAGCACACGGUGACUGUGAAGAAGUGAAAGCUUGCGUAGGAGGUUUCUUAUGCUGAACCUGUGGGAAAAUAUUUGGACCUCAGAGUUUGUGUCAGUGAUGCUUAUCAUAGAGUAUGUGUGCCAGUUUUAUGGCUCAAGCUGUAUAAUUAUGUUCAAAGCAUAUUAGCCUAAAACAGUAAGGACAGUUCUGUCCUCAUUUACUCACCCUCAUGUUGUGCUUUGAUGAUUUAAAAAAAAUUACCAUAAACAUAGCCCAGACAAGUACAUGUUCUGAAGCGUUUGUACGUUUGUUUUCAUUUUGAUUCAUGCGGUCACUUUAAAUUGCUGCCGUACAAGUUUGUGAAAAAUGUACCUUUUCAGUUAUACAAACAUGAGGAUGAAAAAAACGAUGACAGAAGUUCCAUCUUUUUAAGUUUAUCACUGAAUAUGUUUAAUUUUGAUAUGAAUGUAAUCUCGCCCAUGUUCUGGUGGGUUUUAAGUUUUAUGGGAAUUUAUACUGUCUGUCCUUGUAAGCACAUGACUUUUGAAUCUGAUUAUUUGAUUUUGUUAAAAACAUUCAUUUGUUAAAAACAAACUAUAAUAAAAGAAAUAUUCUUUUCA